AUGAUUAUUUACCAAAUCUUAUCAGCCUUUCAUCAAAUUUUCCAACAAUACAAUGUGAAGAAAUAUUGGCUAACAAGUUUUAAACAGGAUAUUUUCUCAAACGACGAAUUGUUAUCAGACUCUUAUGAACCAAAAUUAGUUGACGGUGUUGUCUACGAAGCUGACUGUGCUAACAUCGUUGUCGGUGACGAUAACAUUGAUAUUGGUGCCAACCCAUCUGCUGAAGAUGCUGAAGAAGGUGUUGAUUCAAGCAAAGAAACUGUUAACAACAUUGUUUACAACUUCCGUUUACAACAAACUGCUUUCGACAAAAAAUCUUUCUUAGUUUACAUUAAGGAUUACAUGAAGAGAGUUGAAAAAUACUUACAAGAAAAAAACCCAGAUGAAGUUGAUACUUUCAAAAAAGGUGCUGCUACUUACGUUAAAAAAGUUAUCGGUUCAUUCAAAGACUGGGAAUUCUUCACUGGUGAAUCUAUGGAUCCAGAUGCUAUGAUCGUCUUAAUGAACUACCGUGAAGAUGGUACUACUCCAUACGUUUGUGUCUGGAAACAUGGUAUCUCAGAAAACAAAGUCUAA